CCACAUCACUGCCUGCAUGUGUCUCUCCAGAGCGUGUAGUGAAUAUGACAGUUACAGGAAAAAUGUGACCAGCCAGGAGGGGCAAGGAAUAGACACAAAAUGAAUGUGUGCAACAGUACUGAUCUUCCAGAAGUUGAAAUCAUCAGUUUGCUGGAGGAGCAGUUGCCCCAUUACAAGUUAAGAGCCGAUACCAUCUAUGGGUAUGACCACGACGACUGGCUUCAGACACCUCUCAUUUCCCCAGAUGCCAACAUUGACCUGACUACUGAACAGAUUGAAGAGACCUUGAAAUAUUUCCUUCUAUGCGCUGAAAGAGUGGGCCAGAUGACUAAAACAUACAAUGAUAUAGAUGCUGUUACACGUCUACUUGAAGAGAAAGAGCGGGAUCUGGAACUAGCUGCUCGUAUUGGCCAGUCUUUGUUAAAGAAAAAUAAAACCCUCACAGAAAGAAACGAAUACCUUGAGGAACAAGUGGAGCAUAUCAGGGAGGAGGUUUCACAGUUGCGUCAUGAGCUUUCCAUGAAAGAUGAGCUACUUCAGUUUUAUACCAGCGUUGCAGAGGAGAGCGAGCCAGAGUCCAUCUGCUCUACACCUUUGAAGAGAAAUGAGUCUACCUCUUCCGUCCAAAAUUAUUUCCAUUUUGACUCCCUUUCGAAGAAGCUGAAGGACCUUGAAGAUGAAAAUACAGUUCUCCGAUCUGAGGCAUGUCAUUUGCAGACCGAAACAAUCACCUAUGAAGAAAAGGAGCAGCAACUUGUGAACGACUGCGUCAAAGAGCUAAGAGAUGCAAGCCUUCAAAUCGCCAACAUAUCCGAUGAGUUAGCUAAGAAAACAGAAGAUGCGGCUCGACAACAGGAGGAGAUAACACAUCUUCUGUCCCAAAUAGUAGAUCUUCAGAAGAAAGCAAAAGCAUAUGCAGUUGAAAAUGAGGAACUUGUACAACAUCUGGGGGCAGCUAAAGAUGCCCAACGGCAACUUACAGCUGAGCUACAAGAGCUGGAAGACAAGUAUGCAGAGUGCAUGGAAAUGCUUCAUGAGGCGCAGGAAGAGCUGAAGAAUCUGAGGAAUAAGACCAUGCCAAACGUAAUAUCUCGACGUUACCACACACUAGGUGCAUUCCCCAUGGAUUCACUGGCUGCUGAGAUUGAAGGAUCCAUGAGGAAAGAGCUGCAAAUGGAUGACCCAGAUUCACCAGAGAUGAAUGGAAAUCACCCCAAACGUGUGUUUGAAACUGUACGGAAUGUAAAUCAGGUAGUCAAACAGAGAUCACUGGCCCCCUCUCCAAUGAACAUCCCUGGAUCUAACCAAUCCUCUGCAAUGAACUCUUUAAUGUCCAGUUGUGUCAGUACACCACGUUCCAGCCUGUAUGGGGGAGAUAUCUCCAACAUUAUUAUUGAUAACAAGACCAACUGCAUUAUCCUAGAAACAGAAUGCUCUGAUAAUGGUGAUAAAGAUAAAAACAUGAAGCCCGGGACACCUGGUACACCAGGGUCAAACGACCUGGAGACAGCCUUGCGACGCUUGUCUCUUCGCCGUGAAAACUUUAUUCUAGAACGCAAGUUUUUUGAAGAUGAACAAGAGAGGAAACUGCGCAGAUUGGCAGAGAAAGGGGAGCUUCACAGCGGCUCUGUAACACCUACAGAAAGCAUCAUGUCCCUGGGAACCCACUCCAGGAUAUCGGAAUUCACUGGAAUUUCAGGAAUGUCAUUCAGUAGCCGUUCCUACUUGCCAGAGAAACUGCAGAUCGUGAAACCCUUAGAAGGUUCAGCAACUUUACAUCACUGGCAGCAAUUGGCACAACCCCAUCUCGGAGGUAUCCUAGAUCCAAGACCUGGUGUUGUCACCAAGGGCUUCAGGACCCUAGAUGUUGACCAUGAGGAUGUUUACUGUUUCGCUGACUUUGAAGAAGACGAGACAGGUGACAUUGCUUUCAAGAGCUUAACUACCUCGACUCCCGUCCAUCACUCAGAGGCCUCAGGUGAGAGGUCUAAAGCACAAGUGACUGUAUCAGACAGCAAGAAUUGUCCAGGCCAUUCUCAGACUCCCCCAGAGGAUUUGCAAGAGCCAGGAACAGAAGAUGAUGAGGGGUCUGUGCACCAUCCUGGGAAGUGCAUGUCUCAAACAAACUCAACCUUCACCUUCACCACCUGUCGGAUUCUGCACCCAUCUGAUGAACUCACACGAGUCACUCCAAGCCUUAAUACAGCACCUACUUUAUCUUGUGGUAACUUUAACAAUCUGAAGUCAACACCAGCAAGCACGCCUUGCACCCCCCGACGUCUAAGCUUGGCCGAGUCAUUCACCAAUCUCAGGGAAUCAACCACCACUAUGAGCACAUCUUUGGGAUUGGUGAGACUACUAAAGGAGCAAGGCAUUUCUGCAGCUGUGUACAAUCCACUGAGCUGGGAUAGGGCCGGCGAGGCAUCCAUUGUUAACCAUUCUCUUCCUAAAAUGACCAUCAUACCUUCCACUCCACCAAACUCACCUAUGCAGACACCAAGUUCUUCCCCUCCUCUCGACUUUAAGUGCACAAGCCCACCUUAUGAUAAUUUCCUGGCUUCAAAACCUGCCAGCUCCAUCCUAAAGGAGGUGAGGGAAAAGAAGAACAUUUGCAGCAGCGAGUGCCAGACAGAUGUGUCUGUGUCCAACCUAAAUUUGGUGGACAAAGUCAAGAAGUUUGGAAUUGCCAAAGAUCCGGGAGCAGCACAAUCAUCUAUAUGUGAUAGCCGAGUACCUAUUAUAAUUGGUGCGCAGGGACCAGUGAGAGCUUAUGUUCCUGGUGGCUAUAUGCAAGAAGGUUUGCCUUUAAAUUACCCUGCUGUAACAAGUGCCAUAGGCGGCUUACAGCUGAACACUGGCAUCCGGAGAAAUCGUAGCUACCCAACCAUGGUGGGAUCCAGCAUGCAGAUGAAAGGCCCAGCUACCCUAACAUCAGGCAUACUCAUGGGAGCAAAGUUACCUAAACAGACUAGCUUACGGUGAAAAGCUAUAUACUAACAGCGUAACCACCAAUCAAAAAGGAUGACAGAGUAUUGGCCCUGCAAUAUUUACCACUUGCUUCCAAUAAUCCGGGGCUCGGACUGAACAGAUCCUUUCUCUACCCUUCUUCCUUCUUUGUACCGACAAAUCAACAUUGUGCCUAGAUGAGAAACAGAGACUCUACUUUGUAUAAAGAUGUAAAUAAGUAUCAAAUAUAUUGUAACUAAAGAUAUUUUGUGGAUAUAAAUGACAUACCAUGGUUGUACUAUUGUAGAUAAUGUGCUAAUAAUGUACAUUUUAUGAAAUAGAUGACGAUAGGAGAGGGUUAGUAUGCACUGAAUAUAAAUUAUUUUUUUUGAGGGCAGUAGAAUGAUGCAAAGAUGUUUGUUUUUUUAAUAACUAGUGAGCUGCGUAGAUCUCAAGUUAACUCCUUCACUGCCUUGGGUAUUAAUAUACUGCAAUGCAGUGAAUUUCUGCUCUUGCAGCAGCAUAAGGGUAUAAAAAGAUCAUAUCUAGGUGAUGGAGCCUUAAAGGCAUUUAAAUACUAGUUCACAAUGCCAUUUAGUAUUACGCAUUAUGUUUAUUUCCACUUACGUCCAUUUAUUAUGGAUCGAUUAAAUAUUCAGAAACCUACACACAGAGUAUUCGUACUUCCCAAAUGCAUAUCCACAUCACAGCUCUAGUGAUGAUAAAAGAAAGAAAUAAGUAUUGCUGGUAAAACAUGGCAUGUACUAUAUUAGCAUAGUCUUUUUUUCUUUCCUUUUUUUUAAAUGCAUUUCAAACCUCUGUAGCUUUGAAGAGGUUAAUCAAAAGGGACAAAAAAAAAAAAAAAAAAUAGAAGCGGGAAUGUUAUCAGUUGACCAAACCAUGUUGUGAGUUAACUGUCAUUUUAUUUGACAUAUACAUGAAAGACUACUUUGUAAUCUGUGUAUUCUGCACUGUGUUCAUAUGGAGUAAGGAUUUUGUUUUAAAAAGGGACAGAAAAGACACUAAAAUGAAUCGGAUUGCUCAUCUUGUUGCUGAGAGAUCCAUACUUGAAGCUUGAUUAGGGUUUAGGAUACGUUUGAUGCACAGUAAAAUAUUGAACUAUUAAUGAAGGAAUUCUUUUUACACUAUGCAGUAUAAGAUGUACACACAAAACAAUCUACUGCUUAUUUGGAUUUUGAUAAGGAAAACCAGAGCACUGCUGAUCAUAUUCAUUUAAUUCACCCAGGUUUUAAAAUGUUUUAUUCCAAAAAAAGGUAUUCGUGUUAAUAUAAAAAUACAAGGUGCAGAACCUUUUCCUCUAUUUCUCAUCAGCCAAACAAUACAUUUAUAUAGCUGUCAUUUACUUUAGUUUUUAUUAUUUUUGUUAUCAAUAAUACCUUCAUUUGAAAUCUGCCUAUUCAUUAUUGUAUUAACCAAAAAUACCACUUAUGCCUAUGUAUAUCACUGCGCCCCCCCCCCCUCUAUAUUAAUGAGCCUAGAUUAUGAAUAGUUUACUUUUUUCACUUCUAGAUCUUUUAGAUACAGAAUAAUUAUUUGUUUGCCACAAAAAUGCUGUAGUCUUACUUGCUACAUUAUAGAGACAUUAAACACUAAAUACAUUUAAAGCUUAGCAUUGAUGUUAUUUACUACCUCCCUCUAGUCAUGGGUACCGCCAUGUUGAAAUCUAUCUCUCUCUGCUGAUGUCUUUGCACAUGGGCAGCAACUCUCCUUAAGAUACCUACAAUGUAAUGUAGGUUCCAAAAUGGUGGCACCCAUAAUUAGAGGGAGGCGCUGGAAAUGUAUUUAGUGUUUAAUGUACCAUUUAUACUCUGAUUUGCAAAGCCUAUGACAGAGGAAUGUUUGAAGCACAAGGAAGCCAAACACCAAUAGAUGUAAUUUUAGUGUUUUCGAAUGCUCGGUCAGAGGUGUCAAACACCGUUUCUCAAUGCUAUAAUAUGAGGAUUUCAGAUUCUAGCCGUUUAAGAAUAUGAGUCAGAAAAAUAAAAAAAUUAAACUCUUCUUUAGCCCUGAAGUAGAUUUACCUGAGCAAACUAGAUAGGGGGUUAUUAAUUAAAGGACAUUUUGUGAUUUAUUUGGCCUAUUGUUUUUUCCUUCAUAUAAAGAGACAGUAAAGGGAAGAUUAAACUUAAAUUGACUGGGUAGAGUAUGACAACUUAAAUAACUUUCCAAUUUCCUUCUAUUAUUAAUUUUGCUUAGUUCUCUUAGUAUCAUUUGUUAAAGAGUAAGCCGAGCUUAGGAGUGUGCAUGUGUCUUUAGCCAUCUAGCAGUCAUGUUUGCAACAUUUGUUUAUAUUAGUGUUAUACAAUGUUGCAAAUACUACUUCCAUAGACUGCUAAAUACUUGUGCAUGGUACUAAGCUCUAGGUUUACUCAUCAACAAAGGCUACCAAGAGAACAAAUCAAUUUGAUAUUAAAAGUAAAUUUAUAAGUUGUUUAAAAUUGCAUGCUCUAUUAGAAUCAUGAAUGUUUAAUUUUCACUUUACCAUCUCUUUUAAUCUGAAAAAUGUAGGCUUUCUCUGCCUCCAGACAGAUCACUGCAAAUUUUGCUAACAAACUGACAGUUUUGAAUUGUUUGUUAAACAUUUAUUUUGUAUGCAGAUCUUUUGUUAGGUAGUGCUUAAUUUUUUUUAUGGAUAAAAUACAAAAUGACUUUGAAGGGACUUUCCAUCCAAAAUUGGAAUGCAUAUAGUGCAUUUCAGUUUUGGAAACAAGUAUUUUAAUGUUUGCAGUAAAAGCUAUAGCUAUUUCAAGACUGUACUUAAAGGGACACUGAACCCAAAUUUUUUCUUUUGUGAUUCAGAUAGAACAUGCAAUUUUAAGCAACUUUCUAAUUUACUCCUAUUAUCAAAUUUUGUUUAUUCUCUUGGUAUUUUUAUUUGAAAUGCAAGAAUGUAAGUUUAGAUGCCGGCCCAUUUUUGGUGAACAACCUAGGUUGUCCUUGCUGAUUGGUGGAUAAAUUCAUCCACCAAUCAAAAACUGCUGUCCAGAGUACUGAACAAAGAAAAAAGCUUAGAUGCCUUCUUUUUCAAAUAAAGAUAGCAAGAGAACGAAGAAAAAUUGAUAAUAGGAGUAAAUUAGAAAGUUGCUUAAAAUUGCAAACUCUAUCUGAAUCACGAAAGAAAAAAGUUGGGUUCAGUGUCCCUUUAAGUAUGCUCCGUGCACCAGCAUUUUAAACACAGCACUUGCUCUGAGAGCUUAAGGUGGUUGCAUGAUCUUGUAAUGAGUCAAUAUGCAUCAUUGCUGACAUGAUACAAGCCCCACUGGCUCACUAGGCAACUGCAGUGUUUAAAACGCUAUUGCAGUGUGUGCUGAGAAUCUCUAGCUAUGCUUCACUUUCACAUGCAGAGAAAAUGCUAACACUAAAACACUGAUAACGUUUAUUAGAAGCAUUUUUUGCCAAUAUAUGUAUAUUGUAUAUAUGUUUCCAUCCAAACAUGUACGUAUGUAUCUGCAUUUCAAUUUUGACUGGAAUAUCCCUUUAAUGCUUUUUUAAAUCCUUUCAUGUUUGCAACCUUUGCGAUUUGGAAAUGGAAAACCUGCCUGUUUUCUCUUGUUGCUGAACAGUUGAGUAGAUAAUACAUUUUAAUAUCAUUAGAACCGCGCACACACAGGCUCUACACUGUUUUAGUAAUUUAUAUAACAGAAAAAUCAAACAGCUAUAGCCAGGGUCAUUUUAUUUUGUUAAACAAAUACACUGUGUUCUAAAUAGUACUGAGACUGGCUGCUUUGUUUAGUUUGUUGUAUAAAAUCAAGGCUGCAUGAAUGUUGGCCUAUUCUUGAUUAUCAAAGGGGCCAUCUAAAUCACUGAGCCUGUUUAAAACAGAUUGCUGCUAAAACUUUAGACGUUUGGUAGCUCCUGCUACUGACUGACUUGCCUUUGUUUGGUCUGUUAUAAAGCAAAUACUCAUACUUUCUGUUCAAAAUCCUCACUAAAGCAAAAUCGGUUUUGCAAUUUUACCCCUACAGGAAUUUGAUGCAACAGAUUGAAAAGCUUUCACAUGUUGCUUUUCCACUAAUAAAUAUCAUUACAAAACAAA